AUGGUUGUGUCGGAUAAUGCCGCUAAUAUCAAAGCAGCUGUUCAAACUGAAUUGGGGUGGAAACAUUUCGGAUGUUUCGCACAUUCUAUAAACCUUGUUGUUAACGAUGGUUUAAAAGGAGAAGAUAUUUCACAAAUUAUUAAUAAAGUGAAGUAUAUUGUUGGUCACUUUAAAAGGAGCCAUUCAGCGACGCAGAAACUUCUGACAUAUCAACAAAACCAGGGAACAGGGGUUCCGUUGAAACUGCUGCAAGACGUGGCUACUCGGUGGAAUUCCACCUUCUACAUGUUAGAGCGGUUUAUAGCUUUGGAAGAUACCGUAAAAGCAACAAUGGCCUUAACAAAUAUGGAUCCGACUAGUCACUUAACGACUGAUGAGUGGGUUGCCAUUAAGCAAAUCCUUCAAGUCCUUAAACCGUUUGAAAAAGUAACCAAAACUGUUUCGGGCGAAGGAUACUUAACAGCUUCUUUAGUAAUUCCGUUAGCCAAUGGUCUAAUAUCCGUAUAUAAAGGUUUCGUAGAUAAACCAGUGGCCGAAUCUGAGAUUAUUCGGAAUAUGUUAAGGAGAAUAAAUAAAUCACUGGAUGAGAGAUUUGGAAAGUUAGAAAAUAGUAAUACACUAUCAAUGGCGACAUUCUUAGACCCAAGGUUUAAAUCCCUUGCGUUUAAAGACAAAAGAUAUUUUGAUAUUACUAAAAAAAACGUUAUAUCUUUGGUGGCUGAAAAAAUUGCUCAGUCCAAACAAAGCGUCAGCGAAGAUGAACCAAUGUCAUCGGCUUGUGAUGAUCCCACUGGUUCUGAAGAUGAGAUUUGGGCUGAUUUUGACAAAGAAGCGUCAGAGUGUCAGCCAAUAGGAUCUGCAGUGAGCAAAGCAAUCAUAGAGGUUCAGCGCUAUUUGGAUUGCGACAGGCUGGAUAGAAAACAAGAUCCACUGAAAUGGUGGAAAGAACACAAAUAUAUGCUGCCACACUUAGCUUUAGUGGCACAAGAAAGACAAAGUGCCAUUGCGACAUCAGUACCUUGUGAAAGAGAGUUUUCGAAAGCAGGGUUAAUUCUAACAGAUAGACGAAGUAGGCUCAGUAGUACCAAAACUAAAAUGCUACUUUUUUUAAAUAGCAAUCGCAAAGUCGCAACUUUAUUAUAA